AUGUUUAGGAACCUCCCGACCUUCAAAUCGUUACCUCAAGCUAUAGGUUUACCUUUCUUGUCAAGUCAAGAAGAUGCGCAGCUCAAGUUCAAAUCGAACAUUACUGGAAUCAAGAGGUUAUAUGGUGACGAAGUAAUUCCAGUAUCAGAUGUGACAUACUGGUCCCAGUAUUACACUCUAUUCAAUUCUUCUGCAGAUGUUUGUUCUUUGAUCUCGGUACAAGAUGUUCGACAAGCAUUGACGAGUCAACCUACAAAUCUUGCAAACUUGAUCCUCACUCUAUCUCAUCAUCUGUUCACUCUAUUACCUUCACCUGAUUUCCCGCAUUCAUCCACCGUCUCAUCUCAGGACUUGACAAAGGAAGCGCUCAACUGCUUGAGAAUGCUGGGAAGGAUCCUAGUGGUCAUUUAUGAAUCAGAAGCUGGUUCACGAGAGAAGAAAGAACAUGGUAUUAUAGAAGAAGAAGAAUCAUUCGCUCAAAAAUGGUUAUGGAAUAAGACAAAAGUUGAGAUUGAACGUCGCACUUCAGCUGCAGAUUUAAAUGGGAAUGCGGAACAAGAAAUGGACGAUCAAUUCAAGAUCGAAGAUUCUGAUUCCGAAGGUGAAGGUGAAGGUGAAGAUGAAGGUGGCUUAGAAGAUGAAGGUGCCAGAGCGUUCAAAGCUACUAUCGGAAAACCUGCUCAUCCUCUCUCAAGUAAACUUACUACCGCACAAGAUGUAACGAAUGAUCCUUUAUCUCAACCUGAGCUCAAUCAAGAAGAGCAACAGCUAGAGGGAGAACAAGAAAACGAUUACUUACCUUGUCUUGUUGAGAGAUUAUUUAGCUGUACUGUAGAUUUACUCUUCUGUGCUGGAUUUACAGUUCCAGAUACUGUCAGAGGAACGAAUAUAGAUGAGAAGAUCAAUUAUAUCAUAUGGGAAAAGGGAGUGGGGAGCACCGUCAGCGUAGGAAGUACAGCUGAACUCGACAGGAACAAGACGGAAGUGUUACGGUUCCUACUUAUUCUGCUAUCAACAACUAUAUAUACUGCACCACAUGCACUCUCCACCACGCCCAACUUGCCAUUACAGAUCCUCACCCACUCCUUAGAACGUAGAUUGGUUUUAUCGUUACUCUGCUCCUUCUUGAACACAUCACUCACACCACUUAAAUCCUCCUCUGGAAUAAGCGGUCAAUUACCGUACAACCACCUGAUCUCUAAAGCUGCCGAAGAAAGACGGACACUCGUCAAGGCGUCCAUGAUGGUCUUACUUGUAGCGUUGGACCACCGAGUGGAGGGCGAAAGAGCUAUGGGGGAAGGAAAAGAAGAAAAUGCUUUCAGGUACUUCAUUUCAAAACUUCACCGAAAAGAAGAUUUCUCGUUCAUACUUGAAGGUAUAAUCAAUACUUUACAAGAACACAACGCGGUCGCAAACGGUUACUUACCGGGUAGCAAGAAGCCUAUACCGUAUAUCUUGGAGACGUAUAUCCUGCUCUGGCGUUUGGUUGAUCUGAAUAAGAGAUUCCGCCAAUACCUCCUUGACUCUGGCAAAGCUCUUGAUAUAGUUUGCUAUAUCUUAAUAACGUGUUUAGACCUCAAGGACGAUCCAGCGCAUCAUGGUCUUCUUCGUCUUCUGUCAUAUCUCCUUCAGACUCUUUCUGCGGAUCAAGCAUUCGCUACAUCACUCAAUCAAACCAUCAGGAUGACUAUCCCUUCCCGAUGGGCUGUCACAGGUACAGCAGCAGACUUUUUGAUUGUUUCCAUAUACUCUAUUGCCACUACUCCUGGUCUAAAUCCCCUUUUCCCAGCUUUAACAAUCAGCGUUUCCAACAUCGCCCCAUUCCUCGUCAAUAUUGGUGUCCAAGCAUCUACAAGAUUAUUACAGCUCUUCAAAGCUUUCUCUGCUCCUAAUUUCUUGUUAGCGGACGAGGGGCACCCAAGACUGGUUUACUACUUGCUGGAGACCUUCAACUCUAUACUGUAUUUCCAGCUCAAUGAAAACCCCAAUCUCGUGUACGCCAUACUGCGGUCUCAUCAAGACUUCCAAACCCUCGCCACCUUCACUUUAGUAUCGGGACUGAGGGACAUUCAAAGGCGAAAGGCUUUGCGUUCUGCUGCCGCCGAGAAGAAUGCCAAUGUCAAACCUGGUUUACGUAGAACACCAUCUGAGCUUGAUAUGCUAGCCGAAAAGGCAGCUCUACUUGGACGGGAUCCCGAAGCUGAAGAUCAUGAACUGUCAUCACCUGCAUCACAAAGACGCGUCCUGUCUCCAACAGAGGAAAACCCUCCGUCCGCUCAACCGUUGACUACACCUGGGGUCACAGUAGUUUCUGACCCUCUUGCUGCAAAUAUACCCAACCAGAUGGCAGCAUCGGAUCUCCCACCGCCACCGCCGUCUGCUCCAACAUCCCAGAACAUCAGCGAAAAAGCAAGGGGCAAGAUGCGUGCUGUGGAUCCCGAGAUAACAAGUCCCAACGGCGUCAAAAAUGAUGAUCUACCUGAGAUACCAGAUGAGGAGUUGAUGAGGGUGGCUCAAGCCGGUGUAGGUCCUAAUGGUUAUAUCCCGACGCAAGAAUGGGUGUCAAGUUGGCAGAAAGGACUUCCGCUUGAUCCCGUCUUAGUAGCUAUAUCCGAACUUUUGCCCACCAUUCAGGAGAAUCAACAGCUUACAGGCGCACCAUCAUCGAAAGUGUUCAACAUAUUGAAGGGUGUAUCCUUAUCAGACGUCCUACCUCCUGCUCCUCCCAUUAUACCUAGGCGUUUCCAGUGGUCGCCUGCUUCAUGCGUUUGGCUCACUUCACUUCUUUGGGGUGAUAUAUACAUAUCAGGAUUGACUAGCGAUGGGAUAUGGCGAGACACCACUGUCCGUCUCUUUGGUGUCAAACAAGCUCCUGUCAAGGGUAGAAGCGCUCAGGUAGGAAGGUUCUUGAAAACUAUUGGUGUAGUGUGA